CUGAUUGGCUGGUUUGGGCGUCAGGGUCGUGAAGGUAGGAGUUCUUUCUCUCCAGCUGCCGGCAGUCAGAGCAUGCCCCCCAGAACCAGAGGCUCUCCGGCCGGGCUGGGUUAGAGAAGACGCGGCCUCCCGGCACUUGGGCCCCGGGCGUCCCGGCCCGCUCCUCCGUCGCUGGAGAACCGCCGGGCUGAGCAACUGGGAGAAGCAGGCCAGAGCUUUCUAGGGCCUCGGGCCCGGGGACCGGUGGAGGAUGAGCUGGCUCUUUCCCCUGACCAAGAGCGCCGCCUCCUCUUCGGCAGCUGGGUCUCCCGGUGGCCUCACCAGCCUCCAGCAGCAGAAGCAGCGGCUGAUCGAGUCCCUCCGGAACUCACACUCCAGUAUAGCGGAAAUACAGAAAGAUGUGGAAUACAGGUUGCCAUUCACCAUAAACAACCUGACCAUUAACAUUAAUAUAUUGCUCCCUCCACAAUUUCCUCAGGAAAAACCAGUGAUCAGUGUUUAUCCACCAAUACGACAUCACUUAAUGGAUAAACAAGGAGUAUAUGUUACCUCUCCAUUAGUAAACAAUUUUACAAUGCACUCGGAUCUUGGAAAAAUUAUUCAGAGUCUGUUGGAUGAGUUUUGGAAGAAUCCUCCAGUUUUAGCUCCUACUUCAACAGCGUUCCCAUACCUAUACAGUAACCCAGGUGGAAUGCCUCCUUAUGCUUCUCAGGGUUUUCCGUUUCUUUCUCCAUAUACCCCACAAGAAGCUAACCGGACUAUCACUUCUUUAUCUGUUGCUGACGCUGUUUCUUCUUCAACAACAAGUUAUACAACAGCCAAACCUGCUGCUCCUUCGUUUGGCAUCCUUUCAAAUCUGCCGUUACCCGUUCCCACAACAGACAUUUCGGCACCGAUAAGCCAAAAUGGUUUUGGUUACAAGAUGCCAGAUGUCCCUGAUGUAUUUCCAGAACUCUCAGAGCUAAGUGUGUCACAACUUACAGACAUGAAUGAACAAGAGGAGAUAUUACUAGAACAAUUUCUGACUUUGCCUCAACUGAAACAAAUUAUUACUGACAAGGAUGACUUAGUAAAAAGUAUUGAGGAGCUAGCAAGAAAAAAUCUCCUUUUGGAGCCCAGCUUGGAAGCCAAAAGGCAAACUGUUUUAGAUAAGUAUGAAUUACUUACACAAAUGAAAUCCACUUUCGAAAAGAAGAUGCAAAGGCAGCAUGAACUUAGUGAGAGCUGUAGUGCGAGUGCCCUGCAGGCGAGGUUGAAAGUAGCUGCACACGAAGCUGAGGAAGAAUCUGAUGAUAUUGCUGAAGGUUUCUUGGAGGGAAAAACUGAAAUAGAUGAUUUUCUCAGUAGCUUCAUGGAAAAGAGAACAAUUUGCCACUGUAGAAGAGCCAAGGAAGAGAAACUUCAACAGGUGAUAGCAAUGCACAGCCAAUUUCAUGCUCCACUAUAGGUAUUCCUGAAAACAUGAACUGCCAAGAGAGGAAUGGGACACAAAACUAAGCACAUUUAUAUUUAUGAUUUGCAAAUUGGCAUUUUGUCACAGUGGCUGAAUUCAUAGGUGUACUAUACAGAUUGUAUACAGAUCUGAGACUGAAUUUGUACAGAUUACAAUGAUUGCUAUGAUCUUGGCUUUGAGAAAUUUUUCUGCACUGUUUGCACUGUGUUUAUUUAUUGUUGAUAAAUCUUAUAUUUAAGUUCCACUGCUGUUCCUCUCUUAUUAUUGAUUAAAUACCUAUGCAUGUAAUUUUAGCUGAUUUCAAUAUUUUAUAAAAUUACUUCAUUUUAAUUUGUAUUUUUAAUUUGAAACUGCCUCUUUUCUUUAUCAAGAAUGGUUUGUUUAGAUUUUUUCCUCUCAACCUUUUUUGAAAAAUUACUUGAAAGACUCUCAUUUUUUCCUCUUUCUUUCUGGAUGAUAAAACUUGCAAAACCAAUUUGUUUUUAAAUAGUCACAGUGUCAGGAAACACCAAACCUGCCAAUGUGCUGUCUUAAGGAAGUAACUUUUAAUACAUACAAUAAAUCAGAAGAAUAAACCAGCUGCUUGCUUAUAUUGUUGUUUUACUUUUAAAAUUAAAGAUGUAUUUAAGAAGCAAUACAGGUAAAUAAAUAUUUUACCUAACAGAAAGAAAUGCCUUUCACUUAAACUAGUCCAACAUAAACUUUCAUGCUAAUUUUUUUUAUAUAAGUAUUUGAUGGGUUUGUGGUUGGAUAAGGAUAUGCUAAGUUCCUAAAGUUAAAAAUAAUCUUUUUGUUAUGAAUAGUAAAUCUAGACACAAACAAGUGAAUGAAUUUUUCUGACCUUUACUGUGAGUUAACUUUUCAUAAGAGAAAAGCUAUAGUAAUAAAUAAAACUAAUAUUUAAUUUUUAGGCAGUCUAGUUUUUAAUUGAAUUUUCUCUGUAACUUGUACUGUGUUCAGCAAUUUGCUUCUGUACCCUAUUAAAGAAUAAACACAUUUUAUGGGUAGCUGUAAAAGCUAAUAAAAGAGAAAAUCUUGAACUAUUAUCUGAGGCUUGGUACGGUAGUACCUAAAUUACAAAACACCCUAAUGCAUAUUUUUGUUUAAAUUUCAUCCCAAUAUGAUUGUCAUUCCAAACACCAGCAUACAGUACAGUUUUGUCUUUAUUCUUCUGAUCUUCCUAUAUGUGUUUUUGGCAAAAGACCUUUAGGAAAAAAAUUAUUUUCUUGGACUU